AUGGUGCUGUGGGAGUCCCCGCGGCAGUGCAGCAGCUGGACACUCUGCGAGGGCUUCUGCUGGCUGCUGCUGCUGCCGGUGAUGCUACUCAUCGUAGCCCGCCCGGUGAAGCUCGCGGCUUUCCCUACCUCCUUAAGUGACUGCCAAACGCCCACCGGUUGGAACUGCUCUGGUUAUGAUGACAGAGAAAACGAUCUCUUCCUCUGUGACACCAACACCUGUAAAUUUGAUGGGGAAUGUUUAAGAAUUGGAGACACUGUGACUUGCGUCUGUCAGUUCAAGUGCAACAGUGACUAUGUGCCUGUGUGUGGCUCCAAUGGGGAGAGUUACCAGAAUGAGUGCUACCUGCGACAGGCUGCAUGCAAACAGCAGAGUGAGAUACUUGUGGUGUCUGAAGGAUCAUGUGCCACAGAUGCAGGAUCAGGAUCUGGAGAUGGAGUUCAUGAAGGCUCAGGAGAAACCAGUCAAAAGGAGACUUCCACCUGUGAUAUCUGCCAGUUUGGUGCAGAAUGCGAUGAAGACGCUGAGGAUGUCUGGUGUGUGUGCAACAUCGACUGCUCUCAAACCAACUUCAAUCCCCUCUGUGCUUCUGAUGGGAAAUCUUAUGAUAAUGCAUGUCAAAUCAAAGAAGCAUCAUGUCAGAAACAGGAGAAAAUUGAAGUCAUGUCGUUGGGUCGAUGUCAAGAUAACACAACUACAACUACUAAAUCUGAAGAUGGGCAUUAUGCAAGAACAGAUUAUGCAGAUUUGACGGGAACUGGAUUAACAGAAGAGUCAGAAGGCCCAAGUAAAGAUAAAGAAUAUGAGAAUGCUAACAAGUUAGAAGAAAGUGCAAGAGAGCACCACAUACCUUGCCCAGAACAUUACAAUGGUUUCUGCAUGCAUGGAAAGUGUGAACAUUCUAUCAAUAUGCAGGAGCCAUCUUGCAGGUGCGAUGCUGGUUAUACUGGUCAACACUGUGAAAAAAAGGACUACAGUGUACUGUAUGUUGUCCCCGGCCCUGUACGAUUUCAGUAUGUCUUAAUCGCCGCUGUGAUUGGAACCAUUCAGAUUGCUGUCAUCUGCGUGGUGGUCCUCUGCAUCACCAGGACAUUUAAAAUACAAAAUUGUUGAAGACCUUUAAAGUGAGAGGAGAUGAGCUCACAACUUGCUUGAUCGCAUUGUGCUGAGUCAUUCUUCUGCCUUACUGAGUGAGCAGCGCAAGACUAGGUAACCGCGUUCCUCCCCGACUUCUGCCUCUGUUCCUCAGUUCUCCUCAACAAAUGCUUAAACGCAGUGGCAAGGAGAAGCAAACAGGAAAAAUCUUCCAACAUAAUCCCAGCUUCUGCUGCUAAUAAAUUCUUUGGUCUGAAAUAUUUCGACAGUUUGCUUAAUCCGUGACUUCACUCUGUAAUUGUAGGACCAAAUUUUAGGUAUAGCACUGGACUAAGAUCUGUGAACU